CAUACUAUUAUUAUAAUUUUCUUCAUUGUAUGUUGGCCUUGGAGGUUGGAGAUAUCGCAACAUAAAUAAGUUUAGUGUAACCGCACAUUAUUUAGUGCAACAUAACCUCUGUCAUAAAUUAGCCUCGUUUUGGAUGCGCAGCAGCGAAAACUUUUCAGAGAAGUUUUACAAAUUUAUUUUAUCAAUUCACCUUUCUUUUCAUUGUUAAAUUCGCAAUUUUGUCUGUUAUUUAAUACAGCUACGUUUUCGUCUUUCCUUAUUUUCCUUGUCCAUGACGAAUUUAUUUGCUAAUGGAUAAUUGUCGAUUCUUGUUUACUGACGCUGUCUUGAUCUACUUCUCUUUGUUGUGGCAUUUUAGCUUCAUUAAAAUAUUUUAUGUAAUAUUACAAAGGGUUUUUGUUCUAAUGAUGGCCGGCGUUUUGAUUAUAGGCCAUUCAUUUACGAGACGUCUCUCUUCUUGGUGUGUCCAAAAUGGACAGGCUAAUAUGAACAUUGAUUCCAGCCGGUUGCAGGUUUUUUGGCAUGGACAGGGAGGAGCCACCAUUGUACAUCCCAGUCAUUCUAAAUCUCUGUGGAAGGAAUUACAUAUGGCUACUGACCUGGAUGCCACAAUGACCUUUGUAGAUAUCGGUAGCAACGACCUUUGCAAUCCGACUGCUACUCCUUCUAUAGUGGCUAAUGCUAUUAUUUCUUUUGCACAGGAUCUAUUGUCGGGAGGUUGUAAAGUUGUGAUCAUCAGCGAAAUACUUCCACGUCAGGGAGCCUCCGUGUACAAUCAGCAAGUAGCUGACACAAAUGCGCAGUUAGAGGGUUUCUUCUACGGUGCACCUCAGAUGAUAUUUUGGAGACACUCAAGGAACAACUAUAACAAGCGCUUCCUUACAGAUUAUGUUGCCCCUGAUGGUAUCCAUGUUGAUCCUUCACGGGGCAUGAGGAGGUACUUUAGCUCGGUUCAAGGCGCAGUUCUCUUCGCGGAGCGCUACCUUUGAAAACACAGUCCCUGCAUUACUAGCAGUAUGCCGAAACGACGGCCAAAUGAGGUGACCUCGGGAAAAGGAAAGGCCUCCAAACCUCAACAGCCGGGUCAGAACCGCCUUGCCACCUUGGUUGCUGAGGCCCUUUCAAAUGAUGAGGACAUCAUGGAGGAAAUCUCAUCGCUUCUCCAGGCUAAACGGUCCAAGCAUGAUGGUACGGCUGCCAGCACUUCCAACAUGGAAGAUGUGUCUGACUCUGUGUCUGAGGUUUCAGUUAAUAGUGUUGACAAUGCUGAUAUUUUCACUGAGCCUCCUCCACAGGUUGAUUUAGGCGUUUUCUCCAUUGUACACCCACCAGUUGAGAAAAAGUUACGUAUACAAAUUCUCAAUCGCGAGUAUGUGGAAUUAAGUCGUCUCAUCUUUUUGGACAGUUCCCUUGAGGAAACCAGAACUAUUAAAAAAUCUGACCACCAAACUGUUACAUCUGUCCAAACAAUACCUGUAAAAAAAAUACAAUCCAUUACAACAUGGUGUAAAGCAUUUCAGAGGUACGCUGACAUUUACUGCACCAAAUACCCAUUGGAAUCUCCUGAACUUUUUAAAUACAUGACAGUAAUCCAAUCCUUUGCACACUUUAAUCCUCAUUGUUGGCUAAUGUAUGAUAUGAAGUUCCGACAGCUCCGCGCCACUUCCCCUGUGCCUUGGGGAAAUCUCCAUACAGAGACUUAUCUGUUCUGUUCUAUCUCAAGCCCUGUACUUUUUUGUCCCCAACAAUUUUCCCAAUCAUCCAUGCCAAACUAUGUCAUGCAUAGGAAAGGAUACUGUUGUGAAUUCCAGCAGUGAAGCUCUUGCCCUAAAUCCAAGUGCACCCUUGCACACCGCUGUGGCAACUGCUCCGACUAUAGCCAUGGUGCCCACAAAUGCUCCAAACCUGUCCGUCAGUACCAGCCUGACAGGCCCUCAAGAACCCCACAUAAAUUAAACCCUACCUCCUCCAAGGCACCAAAUCCCUCCAAAUAAUAUUCCUUUGCCAACGCCGGUACGUGCCAAUGAUCUUGCCAAGUAUUUGGACGGUUAUGACCCUGCAAAAUCAUCUUUUCUAUUGAAAGGUAAAAUCAUCUUUUCUAUUGAAAGGUUUUCAAAGUGGAUUUUCCCUGGGUACCACAGCUACACCUUCAAUUGCUAUUCAUUCCAACCACCCUUCCGUUUCAACCCAUUUAGACUUUGUUCGAUCAAAAGUUAUUUCCGAAAUAAAGCUAGGUCGAGUUAAAGGGCCGUAUUUAGCCCCACCCUUGCCCAAUUUCAUUUGUUCACCAUUAGGUGUUGUCCCAAAGAAAUCAUCCACCUUGUUUCGUGUCAUUCACGACUUGUCAUUCUCAAGGCACUCCCUUUCAGUCAAUUCCACUAUCCCACCCGAACACUCAACAGUUCCUUUGGAGACCUUUGACACAGUAGCACGUCUGGUUUUAGAUGCUGGCAGAGGUGCACUCAUAGCUAAAGCUGACAUUGAGGAAGCUUUUAAAAUUAUUCCCAUUUCACCACUUGAUUACCAUAAGCUAGGUUUCUCCAUAAACAAAUGUUUCUAUUUUGGUACUGUGUUACCUAUGGGUGCUUCUUCAUCUGUCCAAAUUUUUUAUGCUUUCUCUUCAUGUUUGCAAUGGAUCCUACAAAACCAAUUUUCAGUUAAACGAGUUUCACACAUAGUUGACGAUUUUAUUUUUGUAGGCCAACGUCAGUCUGACAAAUGUCUGUCCUACCUUAAUUUUUUUUUCUCCCUUGCCCAGGACAUUGGUGUCCCCAUUAAACUUCAAAAGACAGUUAUGCCCUCAACUUUAGUUGAAGUCCAUGGUAUAUUGCUCGACACUGUGACCCUCACUGCCAGAUUACCACAAGAUAAGCUCCAGACUCUUAAGUCUUUGCUAUCCACGUCUAUGAAACAACGCAAGGUUACCUUACACCAGCUCCAAUCCAUAUUGGAUCAUCUCAAUUUUGCAUGCAAGGUCAUAAAACCUGGCCGUUGUUUCCUUCGCAGACUCUAUGACUCAACUGUUGGCGUAACCAACAAACAUCACUUCAUUAAGCUAUCAGCCGAAUGCCGAGCUGAUCUCAACCUUUGGUACAGUUUUUUAGACAAAUACAAUGGUUGUACUUUGUUGACUGGUGACCGUUUCAUAUCCUCUGAUACUUUACAUUUACACACUGAUGCUGCCGGUUCAAAAGGUUUUGGCUGUACCCAUAUGUCUUCAUGGACAUAUGGUGUCUUCACUGAGAAAACAAAAUCCCACCAUAUCAAUAUCCUGGAACUAUACCCCAUCACAUUAGCUGUGUUCCUGUUUGGCAAAAGCUGGCAUAAUAAAAACAUCCUCUUCAUCUGUGACAACCUUGCCGUUGUUUACUGCCUCAAUAGCCAAACUUCUAAGGACCCUGUCAUGAUGAAGCUUAUUCGCAUAAUUGUACUUCAGGCCCUUGAACACAAUUUUUGUUUCCGUUCUAAACAUAUCCUCAUCGCCCAUAAUACGGUGUGUGAUCUUCUGCCUCGGUUUCAGGUCGAGAAGGCCCUAAGACUCGCGCCUCACUUGGACCCAAACCCACUUCCCAUACCCCAUCAUGUGUCACCUCUGAGCUUGCUUCAUUGAAGGAACAGUUAUUGGAGGCGUCAUAAGCACCUUCGACCCGUGCAGUGUACUCCAAAUCAUGGACCAAAUUCAAAGAUUUCCAUGCAAACUUCGCUUCGCAUCAGCCUGUUCUGCCAUCGUCUGUUGACUUGAUCACUUCCUUUGUGGCCCAUCUUUUCAAACAAGGUAUCUCACCUUCCACUAUCAACAGUAACCUUUUGGCCAUUUCCUAUUUUCAUUCCCUUUUGGGAUUUCCUGACCCAUUUGCUAAUACCCAAGUCCGUCGCAUGACGUUGGGUUGUCGUAAACUCAAGCAACACAUCGACACCCGUCUUCCUCUAUUACACACCCACAUCACACUGUUAAUUCAAGGCGUUGCUUCUUUGUACCAAUCUUCACAUUACCUGCAAAAGCUUUACUGUGCCAUUAUACUUCUAGCUUUCUUCGUUUUUUUCCGCAUUGGUGAAUUGUUACCACUUUCACCACAUUUAUUCUCAGCUGUUGUUCAACGCCAACAUGUUACAGUCUCCCCAACAGUCUUGCGCUUACAUUUACAUAAUUACAAAACUCAGAAAACUGACAAACCUCUAACCAUCCUGAUCAAAUCCAAAUCCCCAUUAUGCCCUGUUAAAGCCCUGCAGGCUUACUUCCUAGUCAGGGGUGACAAAGAUGGCCCAUUAUUUGUGUCUUCCAUUUCAUCACCAAUUUCAGUUGCGAAGUUUCGGUCCGUUUUCAAUGAACUUUUUGUUUACGCUAACCUUUCCCCAAGUACUUAUAAACUCCACAGUUUUCGGAUAGGUGCUUGUACCCAAGCUGCUCUCCUUGGGGUCCCUGACAAUGAAAUAAUGCGCAUGGGGCGCUGGCGGUCAAAUGCUUUCCGCCGCUACAUCCGUCUUCCCAACAUCAGUUCUUAAUACUCGUACCUCUGACUUGCCUCACAUAAUAGCAGCCUAUGGAAGACAUUGGGGGGUGUUUUCCCUCUGGGUUCUUUCCUCUUCUAGGUUCAUUUUUAUUUGUUCUCAUGCCAUCUACAUAUCUCUCCUACUUGCGAAUGGAGAAUAACCUUUCUUGUAUAUACCUUUCAUUUUAUAGUUUUGUUUACCUAUGUUACAAAUGUCCGUUUUUGCUGUUAGGGCAUAUGCUUUGUAUAUAUCUUGUACCUUGUUGUCUUAUUCUAGUCUUAUCGUAUCCCAUGGGUAAAUAACUGUGCUCAUGUUACAUGCUGGCCAUUGGGGUGUGGCCACUGUAUCAUGAAUUAACUACUGUGUUUUUGUUUUUGUACAUUUUGUGACAUGCUCUAGUCUUAUUAUAUCCAUAUGUCUACCAUUGGUUGAAGUUACAAUUUGGCCAUAGGGGUGUGGCCAUUUUUCAACUGCAUUAUAACUAUGUUGUUGCUUUCUUUUUACCUCUGUUAUUUUGAAUUCCAAGUGCCUUUUUAUGCCAUAGGUAUUAUCAUUGCCCUUGACAAUGCGGCCAUUGGGGUGUGGCCAACCAACAAUGCAUAAUAUUUUAUUUAGCUUUCCUUACGUAUUGUUCAUAUUGUUUGCUAAAUUUUUGCCAUAUUUUUGCUUCACUGUUCACCUUUUUUGAAACUAUUGUUAUGUAGUCUCUAACCUGGCUAUUGGGGUGUGGCCACGUUUGCUUCCAUAUUAUUCAUUCAGCCUUUUGUACAUAGUUGGAAACACAUCUCUUUUCGGUACUUGCACAGCCUCGCUUCCUUGGUUGGACGUGUUUGUGGGCGAUUGCCGUCCAACUUUGUGAUCGCUUUUUAAACUCUACAAACCUUUUUCCUAAUUUAAAACUUAAAAAAUAAAUCCGUCUGGCAAAAUCUAUAUCUGCCAGACAUUUUCAACCAUUUCGGAGUUACUCUUCCUUUUCCCUUUUGCCACAAAUGAACUGCGGACACUUGGCUGUGCAAAUAUAAAAUCAUACUUUAUAAGCCAUUUAUAAAGUGGUUUAUAUUUGUGAGACAUAAUAUUAUUAUAAUUUUCUUCAUUGUAUGUUGGCCUUGGAGGUUGGAGAUAUCGUAACAUAAAUAAGUUUAGUGUAACCGCACAUUAUUUAGUGCAACAUAACCUCUGUCAUAAAUUAGCCUCGUUUUGGAUGCGCAGCAGCGAAAACUUUUCAGAGAAGUUUUACAAAUUUAUUUUAUCAACUGCGAACCACCCCUCCACCCACCAUGCUAUUUUAUCUAGUUCGCUUAUAUGUUGCAUACAUUUUAUUAUGAGCGAUUGCCGUCCAACUUUGUGAUCGCUUUUUAAACUCUACAAACCUUUUUCCUAAUUUAAAACUUAAAAAAUAAAUCCGUCUGGCAAAAUCUAUAUCUGCCAGACAUUUUCAACCAUUUCGGAGUUACUCUUCCUUUUCCCUUUUGCCACAAAUG